UCAAAUCCAACUCAAAGCGUUCCAGCCUUCUCCUCCACCGACCAAUCGGGAGCAACAGCGAGAGCCGAGAGUAGCAGCCCGCAUGGAGGCCGAGAUAGUCAAGCCGCCGCCGCCGCCGCCGGCGUCAGAGUCCGCCAUGUCGUCGUCGGCCGCCCGCGGGGAGUUCACCGCGGAGGACCUCGCGGCGGCGGACCAGCUGGUGCAGCUCAGCGUCAGCGGCGGCGGGGACGACGACGAGGAGGACCAGCACGAGGCUUUCUCCUCCUCGUCGUCUCCUCGGUCGGUGAACAACGCGGCGCGGGGCGAAGAGGAGGAGGAAGAUCGUCGUGAGGAUUAUUACUCCGGGGUGGUGGACCGGAGGGCCAGGAAGCGGUUCCGGCUGGUGUCGGAGCUCUACGCCGCCACCAGGCAGGUCAAGGCCGGCGCCGGCGGCAUGAGCAAGCGGAGGAGCAACAGGGACGGGAUGCGGAACUGAGCGCUGGAGAUUGCGACGCCGGGGCCGGGGGUGGUGGCUCAAAUGCAGAGAGAGCUUGGCUGCGUUGGGCUACCUUGCAUUGGGACCGUGUAGAUAUUUCCCCCCGUUUUUUUUGUGCGCAAACAGUUGUGAGCGAGAGUUU